AUGAAGUUUACGGAAUUUUAUAAGAAAUGGGAAGAUAGACUUGGAGUUCCAUUUGAGAAAUAUGGAAUCAUUGUAUCGAAAUAUCCAUGGCAUGUAUUGAUGGUAUGUGUGGUCAUCAACUGUCUACUGGGAAUAGGACUGAUCAGGAUAGAAGCAGAAACGGACACAGAGACUCUGUAUACUCCUCAAAACAGCCAGUCCAAGGUAGACCGAGCAGCCGUUCAGGCUGUUUUCACUGAAGACAAGUCCGCCACAAAUUUCUACAGCAAAAGCGUUAUAGAGGAAAACAUGUACGCUGACUUUAUUCUAAAAGCCAAAGAUGGAUCAAGUAUCUUAACUACAACAUACGUGGAUGAAACUGAAAGAAUAUAUAACUACAUCAAAGACAAUGUUAAUGUGACAAGUGGUGGCACGUCUGUAGGUCUCACAAAUGUUUGUGCCUUACGUAAUGGAAACUGUGUUGUUGAAGGAGAUGUUGUUUUCAGUACAGCCUUCCGCACUGCUAUGACAGCCAAUACUAUUAGCUAUCCUUUGUUUAAUCUAGAGUCUCUCAGCAGCUUAUUUGGAGAUGCACAGUCAUCAGGAGGUGUCCUCACUUCAGCUAAAAUGGUUAAAGUGACUUUCUUUCUACGUCAGGACACAACAGCUGCAACGUCGCUGUCCGAAGCCUGGGAAGACAGGUAUAUAGAAGUACUAGGUACUAUGUCCUCGUCUUUAAUGGACAUUGCUUAUUCAACGUCAUCAUCUUUGGAUGACGAGUUAGAAAAAAAUGUACAAGGAGAUAUCAUGUUCUUCGCUCUUACGAUCACAAUGAUGCUGACUUACGCUGGAUUCGCCACUACCGGUGGAGACUGUGUGUCCGACAGACAGAAUGUAGGUCGUGCAGGUGUUUUGGCAACAUGUCUUGCAAUCUUGGGAUCCUUCGGUCUAGUUAGUGCUGCUGGUGUCAAGUUCGUCAGUAUUGUAGGAACGCUUCCUUUUUUGGUCAUUGGUAUUGGUCUGGAUGACAUGUUUAUUCUGAUGUCCUGUCUGGCGGACUGCUCAGUGAAAGGGACGAUUGAGGAUCGGAUCAAGGAGACGAUGAGGACAGGGGGCGUGGCCAUCACCAUAACAUCCAUCACCGACUUUCUGGCGUUCGUCAUAGGUGCAUCAGCUUCCUUUAUCAGCGUCAGGAAUUUUUGUCUGUAUGCAGGUGUCGCUGUCCUCUUCUGUUACUUAAACCAGCUAACAUUCUUCGUCCCAUGUAUGGUGAUCAAUGAACGCCGAAUGGCCCGAAGCUCCCACUGUGGAACAUGUCUUCCUAUAAAGUCUCGAGAGGAUUUACGAGCGGAAGGGAAAUCCAAAUGUCAUGCUUUCUUGUGUGGGGGACAAGUCCCGAAAAAAAGAAGUGACAACGAAAGCCCUUUGGAAAAAUAUCCCAAACUUCUUUUUCAAUACAUAGUAGAACAAAUUCCAGGUAAAAUAGUGAUAUUAGCCUUGUUCAUUGGUUAUCUGACAGCAUCCAUCUACGGAAUAACGAAUUUCAAACGGGGCAUGCUCCUUAGUAACUUAGUCACUGAAGACUCAUACUUUUAUACCUACAGUAAGCUCAUCGAGAACCAUUUCACCACGGAGAUUCCCAUAGGGUUCAUCAUCACAUCAGCGCUGACGUACUCCGACAUUACCACCCAAAAUCAUAUUUCCGAUCUGUUAUCGAACGCCAAAGCUGACGUUGACAUAAAUCCAAGUUUCACAUUCGACUGGCUGACGGAUUACAAGAGUUCCGGAUCAUACAGUGCUGUCAGUGAAACAAGCUUCAUAUCUGGGCUGAAAACAUUCCUUACGACUCGAACAGACCACGCUAAUGACGUGGUUUUCAACAGCGCUGAAACAAGCAUUGUUGGCGCUAGGUUUUACGUUAUGACCAACAAUCUGCCCGAAUCCAAGCAAAAAGGAAACAUUAUGCUGCGAAUGCGUGAAGUAGCAGACAAUUCUCCACUUCCGGUAGUUUGUUUUUCUGCGCCUUUUAUAUUUUUUGAUGAAUACGCUUAUGUUUUUUCUAUAACGAUGACAACUGUCGGUAUUGCCAUAGCAGCCAUGCUUGUGGUUACCGUGCUGUUUAUGCCACAUCCGUUACUUGUCGUGUGCGUCACUGGUACCAUGGUGAUGAUAUGCGCGGGAAUGUUUGGGUUUAUGUAUUUCUGGGACCUUACACUAAGCGUCAUUACAAUGAUACAUAUUGUCAUGAGUGUAGGAUUUUCCGUCGAUUUUAGUGCACAUAUUUGUCAUGCAUACAUAACUGUAGAUGGCGCCACAAGAAAAGAACGUGUACACAAAGCGUUAGAUCGUUCUGGUGGACCUAUCAUCAACGCCGCCCUGUCCUCAAUAAUGGGGAUCCUUAUCCUGGCAUUUUCGUCCUCAUACAUCUUCAGGAGCUUUUUUAAGUUGAUGUUCCUUGUAAUGGUAUUUGGAUUAGCGCAUGCGUUGUUAUUAAUUCCAGUAAUAUUUUCAUUGAUUGGACCUGUAACAGCAGCAACGGCAGCUGUCAAACCUGCCACCGACCAAGAUGAAAGCGCGCAAUCAAAAAGUGUGCCAAUAGAAUAUCAAAACAAAUCAUUUAACAAAACCGAGUCAGAAGAAAGAGAUAAGGUAUCCGGAACGACACAGCGAGGUUUGACAGCUAACGGCAUAACCGAAAGCAAGGACGACUAG